UCAAGUAUAAUACAGAAUGUUUUUUUCUUUCAAAAAGUUAUGUCUUUAAUGUAAUUAAAAUUGUUCUUUUCAUGAACGUGAUGAUGAAGCCGACAUUUUAUUCGAUCAAAAAAAUAUAUUUCAGCGGGUUAGGGUUAAAUUAUUUGUAAAGGCUUUUGGUAAGAAUGUUAUAUCUUGAUAUCUUUCGUUUAUUUGUGUAAGCACGAUCGAUUUCCUGUUUGACAGCAGCCCUGUGACGUCACACCAGCUCGCGCGCCACCGUUGCAGACAUGGAGGAAGUGAGAGUGUUUCCGCUGUCAUGCCUGGUCCAGAACUAUGCCUGGGGGAAGGUGGGGCUGGACAGUGAGGUGGCUAAGCUGGUCCUAGGUGGAGAUCCUCAAACUGUCAUACAGGAUGACCGACCGUACGCCGAGCUUUGGAUGGGUGCCCACCCUAAGGGAGAUGCUCUUAUCAAAGACAACAGAAUAUCGCAGAGAACACUGGGGCAGUGGAUCGCUGAUUAUCCAGCAUGCUUGGGGUCAAAGGUCAAAGACACAUUCCAGGGACAGCUCCCCUUUCUUUUUAAAGUGCUGUCAGUCAACACUGCACUAUCCAUCCAAGCUCAUCCCAACAGAGAGCUAGCAGCUAAGCUACACGCCCAAUUCCCUGAGCACUACCCUGACAGCAACCAUAAGCCCGAGAUGGCGAUUGCACUGACUGAGUUUGAAGGUCUCUGUGGUUUUCGUCCGGUGGAGGAAAUCAUUUCCUUUAUCAAAAAUGUCCCAGAAUUUCAUGCUCUGGUAGGUAAUGAGGCAGCAGAUGAGCUGCAGAGCAGCAGGGAUAACCCUGCACGUGCUUCUCUCGCACUGAAGAAGUGCUUCAGCAGGAUGAUGAACUGUGAGAAGAAAGUUUUUGUAGAUCAGCUGAACAUGCUGGUGAAAAGAGUCUCUGAAGAAGAGGCUGCAGGCAAAGACACAUCAGGCAAUAACGGAGAGCUGCUGCUUCGACUCCACUCCCAGUACCCGGGUGAUAUCGGCUGUUUCUCCAUCUAUUUCCUGAACCAUAUUGUGCUGCAUCCAGGAGAGGCCAUGUUUCUGGGAGCCAAUGAACCUCAUGCCUACCUUUCUGGAGAUUGUGUCGAGUGCAUGGCCUGUUCAGAUAACACAGUGCGUGCUGGACUGACCCCGAAAUACAUUGAUGUGAACACGUUGUGUGAAAUGUUAAACUACAGUCCUGCUCCAGCCAGAGCCAAAAUCUUUCCCUCAGUGCAGGACCCUUCAGACCCCUGUGUUCAUCUGUACGACCCACCUGUACCAGACUUCACUGUCAUGAGGAUACAGGUCCCUCCCUCUGUGAAGCAGUACAUAAUGAGCCCAUUGGACUGUGCAUCCAUCUUAUUAGUGAUUCAGGGCGAGGCCAGCGCUCUCUCAGACAUCAUGGUGCACAGGGGUUCCGUGCUGUUCAUCUCAGCCAAUGAGAGCAUCACACUGCAGGUGACAUCAUCUUCUGGGAUGACCAUGUUCCGGGCCUGCUGUCUUCUUUAGGCACAAAAGUGAUUCUGAGCAAACAGGAUGUGUCUGCUUUUACUGAUAAGUUCAGUAUGUCCAAUUUUAACCUUCUACAUUUGUUUUAAUGUUCCUUGUUCAGCAGCAACUCCAAAGGGAAAAGAACCACUGAAAAUAUAACACACACUUCAGCAAUAUACCAACUGAUAAGAACCAGUAUAGUGAUAAACACACACACACACACAAACAUAUACAUGAGGUGUCUUUUGCUAGUGGUCCCUUCCUUUAAACCAUGUAGUGUCUGAAUUGAGGCAUUGAUAUUUUAAUAACAGGAUGAUGAAAUGAUAAAGUGCCAGUUUUCAUUAUAAACAUAUUAAGGACAUAAAGGCUGAGCAUGACAAAUCAAGAUUGCUUUUGUGUUUGCCUGAAGAAAAGUUCAGUAGUUUAACAAAUUAUUACUUUGUAAUAGUAAUAAUUCACCUAACUAAUUAUUACUAUUAUAAGUAUUUAUUAAUAAGCAUGUGCUUUUAAAAAACUAGCCCACUCAUCAUACCGCUGAUGUCACAUCCUGCACUACAAUUAGAUUCAUGUUUUGAAUGCGCAGAUGCAUGUUUUAAUUUUAAUUUUAAUAACUAGUUGACUACAAAAUUAACAUUCAGACUAAAAAUCAUUAACAGCUUGCAUUAAGGUUAUGCUUAAUGUAAGGGAAAGAAAUUCUUCACUGGGAAAUGUUUUAAUCUAGAAAACCUAAAAGCACAUGCUCAGUCUGCAGUCGUGUCACUCUCACAUUCAAAAGUGAAACACAAUUCAGGGACUUUUUAAGUAUAAAAAAUAAUAAUCACUACUGAGAAAUUUAGAUUUUUUUUUUUUUUUUAAAAGCUAAACUGCUUUUACACUCUUUUAUGAAUCUGCUGAGUAGGUUUACCCUUUCUAAUAGGAUGCUUUGUCAGAUAUUUACUGUGAAAGAAGAAAGCAGUGAUCAAGUUGCUGAUAAAGUGUUUUUAUAUGACUUUAGUUUGUAUGAAUGUGAAAGCUGUUACCGGUACUAUCCGUCCCUCUCUCUACCGUCCCUCUCUCUAUCCGUCCCUCUGCAAGUCUUUGUGCUUUCCCAGAGAUUGCUCUCACUGGACUAACAUUAGGAUCAUUGUUCAUAAAAGAUUCUUUUAUGAAAAAUUAUCUUAAUAUUUGUUUACUGUAAACUCUGUGCACUUUUACGUGAGGUCGCCCAAGCAGGUUGUGUCCCAGAUCCUCAAUCUGCACCUCAAUCCGUUUUCAGUGUUUGCUACCUCCAGUGAAGGUUUGGAAUAAAGGCAUGGAUUAGCAUUUUUGAAUCUUCUGUGGCAUGAGGUUGUUUAAACUCUAUGUAAACCCUAAUAAACUACAAUUCUGUAUGAUUU